AUUAAUCAACAGUGACACUGACCAGUGACAACACAGUGACACACAAACUACACAUGAACUAAUUGUACAAUUAUGGGCCUGAAAAAUUCAGUUGCUCAGAACCUUCGAAAGCCUUCCACAGGUUUCGUUGCUCGUUUGAUUAUAAAGAGAGUCUUCAAACGGAAGAACGUGUACUUGGAGUUAAAUGCAGUACGACUGUGCCAUCUUGAGCCACAGCAUCAUGUUCUGGAGAUUGGCUUUGGGCCAGGGGUCGGUCUGAAGGCUGCUGCUGAAACCAUUGUUGGUGGUAAAGUGUAUGGCAUCGACUAUUCUCCAGAGAUGGUAAAGGAAGCCCAGCGUUCCCUGGAGUCCGAAAUUGCAAGUGGGAAAGUUCAAGUUGAACUGGGCGAUGCAGCCAGCUUGCCGUACCCGGAUGCCUCCAUGGACCGCAUCUACCACUGUAACUGCUACUACUUCUGGCCGGAACCGGCAAAGGUCGCAGGGCAACUGCACCGAGUCUUGAAACCCGGGGGUUUUAUGGUCACCACUUUGUGCCUUGAUUCAGUUCGGGCGACAGCGGAACGCGGUUUGUUUCCUGACGGCACCCACUGGGAGCCGGAACCAUACAUGGAGGCCCUACGGAAUGCUGGAUUUUCCGACGUGACCAUGGAAGACCUGCUUCAUGCUGAUGCAGAGAAGAAGAUUACUUAUCAGGUUAUAUUAGCCCACAGGAAAUGAUGGGUUUUUUUUCAAGACCUGUUCAUUCAAAAAAAAAACCCCAAAUACCCAAGAAAUAUUGUUCAGAGAACAAUUGGGAAAAAUAUUCAGUCUUAAGUCCCAGGGAACCUUUUUUAACCCGUUGUAUUGUUAUUCUAAUCUGUAAAUUGUACCUAAAAUUCUUUUAUUUUUGUGCAGAAAACUUUGUUCCAUAAAUUCUAUCAACGCAGUUAACAAAGUCAUCAACUACUUGGAUCUAUCUUUAAGGAUGUGACUUUCUGUUUAAUUUUGUAAACGUUUAACACAAAUUUUGAACCGAUUAAACAGUAAAACGUUUAGCCAUUUCGCAAAGGUUGACGCCUGUCAUUACGCCUGCAGACCGGCGUGAUUGACAUGAUAAAUCAACAAUGAUUGCCAUGAUAAAUCACCCCGAAUGUAAUCAAUUACUGCGGUGUGUCUGUUGGGGAAUAGGUAGUCAAUACAUAAAUAGUUGAUAACCACGACUUAGUUUAUUCCACAACAAUUAUUAAUAUGAGUUAACUGGACUCGUUGAAAGGUGAACUGAGGAAUAGAGAACUGACCGACGAAUACUGAAUAUACUGCUGAGGAAGUACUGAAUAUUAAUACUGACUAUGAAUGGCUGAUGGAAUGAAUGAAUGAUACCAAGUGAAUUCAAGAACUGCUCAUGGGGCAGUGCUUGUGGAAACAGGAUCGGAUGUACCGGUAGUUGAAAGUUACAGAUACACAUGUAUUUCAGAAGGGAAUAAUUUGGUCACUUUCUUUGUUUGCUAGAUUCUCAGAACUAAAGAUGACUAUGAAUGAGCAAUAACAUCUUAAACAACUAUAUUUGCUGUACUUCGAAACUUACAAUGUCAAAUGGCCAGUGAGUCAUGGAAUGAAUGGGUCAACAAAUAGUGGGCAUCGAUCGAGGUCAUUUGCUUUGUAUAAAACAAUAUACACGUUGUGUCCUAGGGGUAACUCUACAACUCAAUAAUUGACACGGAGACAUGUGUAACUGUCAGAAAGGGCCUAAAAGGGCCAAACAUAUUGUCAUGUCAAAACUAUCACUUGAACAAGAUAGAGGUAAAGUUAAGUAGGGCCUACUGGAACUUUCCACAAAGACGCGCACGCAUGCGCAUUGGCGGUACAUCAAUAGUCGACUACUCUUACUUCAAGUCCAUACCCAACACACUUCAUAGGCACAACUGGUGUAUUUACAAGCAAACAAAAAUACAAUACAGUGUACAAGCAAACACAAAAAGUUUGUGUGUGUGUGCACACCUCAGUAAGAAGUUUGUUUUGUUCAUUAUUAUGUUGGGUAUCGAAAUCUAGACACUGCCGACCCGUCAUGCCUGCAGCACAUUAUUGUUCAUAAUUAUUAUGGUGACGGCGACAGUAACAAAAACUCUACAUAAAUGUGUACAAUGUGCUUUGUUUAACCUACGCAUUAUUUACAAAGAGUAUUAAUGAGUAAAAAAUCA